CUGCGCGGCGCCGGCGAGUUCUAUAUAAGGCGCAUCUGGUUCAAAAUCUCCUGCUUUUCUUGAGUCACGGGUAGGGGAGCGCGCAAGAGUUGAGGCGGCUGGUGCCUGCCCCCCGCUUUCCCCCGGAAGGCUGUCGGGAGUCGCCACCAGCAUCCAGCUGUGCGGGGGACCGAAAGGCAGAGCCUCGAUCAAACUGGCGAGCAGUUGAUGACCAGCCACAGGGUUUCUGCUGUGUGCUGUUGCCAUCGGUGGUGCUCCUGGAGUGUACGGAGGGAAGAUGGCAUUCUGGACACAGCUGGGUUUGCUAUUAUGGAAGAAUUUCACUUUUAGGAGAAGGCAAACGGCCCAGCUGCUGAUUGAAAUUACUUGGCCAUUGUUUAUCUUCUUUAUUCUGAUGUCUGUGCGACUGACUUAUCCACCUUAUGAACAACAUGAAUGUCAUUUUCCAAACAAGGCUAUGCCUUCAGCUGGAACAUUGCCCUGGGUCCAGGGGAUUAUCUGUAAUGCCAACAAUCCUUGCUUUCGUUUCCCGACACCUGGGGAGACACCGGGCAUUGUUGGGAAUUUUAAUAAAUCUAUUGUUUACCGGUUGUUCUCGGAUGCCAAGCGCUUGCUGUUGUAUAGCCAGAAGGACACCAGCAUCAUGGCUAUACAGCAAGUGGUGGUAAAACUACAGAAAAUUGGAAAAUCUGCCUUAGAUAUGAAAGUUCAGGAUUUUCUGGUUGACAAUGAGACGUUCUCUGACUUCCUCCACCACAAUGCUUCUCUAUCGCAGCCGGCGGUAGAUGAAAUCCUGAAUGCUAAGGUCAAUCUCCAACAGGUCCUUACAUCUGGCUACCAGAUGAGUCUGAAAGACUUGUGCAACUUCACCAAGCUGCCAGAACCGGUUGCCAUCAACAAUGCCAGUGUUGCCUUAAUGUGCUCCAUGCCGAAGGAACAACUUGCUUCUCUAGAAAGAGCGUUUCAGGAUAAUGUGGAUUUCAUAAAGCCAAUUCUAAACGGGAUCACCUCCAAUUCAACUUUCAAGGACCUUAACGGAACGUUGGAGAUGCUGAUGAAGAGCUUGGGAAAUCUUCUUAUAGAGUUAAUGAGCAUGAGAAGUUGGAGAGACAUGAGAGAAGAGGUGCUGUUCCUGACCACUAUGAAUUCCACAAGUUCUUCUCAUGAAAUUUACCAGGCAGUAUCCCGAAUUGUUUGUGGCCACCCUGAGGGAGGGGGAUUGCAGAUCAAGUCCUUCAACUGGUAUGAAGACAACAAUUACAAAGCUUUCUUUGGAAGCAACAGCACUGAGGGUGAUGCAGUGGAUUUCUAUGAUAACUCUACUACACCUUUCUGCAAUAAUUUAAUGAAGAAACUGGAAUCCAGCCCACUUUCCAGGAUUAUCUGGAGGGCCCUGAAACCUUUGCUUGUUGGAAAAGUCCUGUAUACCCCUGAUACGCCAGCCACAAGGACAGUUAUGUCGGAGGUAAACAAGACAUUCCAAGAGCUAGGUGUUUUCCAUGAACUUGGAGGGAUGUGGGAAGAGAUUAAACCAAAAAUAAGAACUUUCAUGGAAGAAAGCCCAGAGGUGGAUCUGGUCCGGACUUUGCUGAAGAGUAAGCUCCUUUGGGACCACCAGUUGAUGGGUUUAAGCUGGACCAUGGAGGAGAUUGCCCUGUUCCUAGCAAAAUACCCCGAGGAUGUUCGCCCAGUGAAUGGCUCAACUUACACCUGGAGGGAUGCUUUCAAUGAGACUGAUGAAGCCAUUAUGACUAUUUCCCGUUUUAUGGAAUGUGUCAAUUUGGACAAGCUGGAAGCAGUGCCUAAUGAAGGGUGGCUGGUCAGCAAAUCCAUGGAAUUGCUGGAUCAGAGACGAUUCUGGGCCGCCAUCAUUUUCCCUGAAAUUGCUCCCAAGAGUGUGAAUUUGCCCCGUCAUGUCAAAUACAAGAUACGGAUGGAUAUCGACAGCGUGGAAAGGACCAACAAAAUUAAGGACAAAUUCUGGGAUCCAGGCCCUCGAGCUGAUCCUUUUGAUGACAUGCGCUACAUCUGGGGAGGCUUCACUUACUUGCAGGAUGUAAUAGAGCAAGCAAUCAUCCGGGCUUUGACAGGCUCUGAGAAGAAAACUGGCGUCUAUGUUCAGCAGAUGCCCUACCCGUGUUAUGUGGAUGACAUAUUCUUGCGUAUCACGAGCCAGUCGAUGCCCCUUUUUAUGAUUCUGGCGUGGAUCUACUCAGUAGCGGUGAUCAUCAAGGGGAUUGUGUAUGAGAAGGAAACCCGGCUGAAAGAGACAAUGAGGAUCAUGGGCCUCAACAAUGGCAUCCUCUGGCUUAGCUGGUUCAUUAGUAGCUUCAUCCCCAUUCUCAUAAGCGCAGGGCUUCUGACGUUCAUCCUUAAGAAAGGCAACCUGCUGCCCUACAGUGACCCCACAGUGAUUUUCAUCUUCCUGUCUCUCUUUGGUGUAGUGACCAUUUCACAAUGCUUCCUCAUCAGCACCUUCUUCUCCAGGGCCAACAUAGCAACUGCUUGUGGAGGGAUUAUCUAUUUUACUCUUUACUUGCCUUACGUCGUAUGUGUCGCCUGGCAGACGCACAUCAGCUUCUCUGUCAGAGUAUUUGCAAGCCUACUUUCUCCUGUUGCCUUUGGGUUUGGCUGCGAGUACAUUUCUUUGUUUGAAGAACAGGGCAUUGGAUUGCAGUGGGACAAUUUAUUUGAAAGCCCUGUGGAAGAAGACAGCUUCAACUUGACAACAUCUGUGUGCAUGAUGUUGCUGGAUAGCUUGUUGUAUGGCACUAUGACUUGGUACAUUGAGUCUGUUUUCCCAGGUCAGUAUGGCAUUCCCAGACCUUGGUACUUCCCUUUUAUGAAAUCCUAUUGGUUUGGUGAGGAAUCUGGAGGACAGUGGCUCCCGUCUCAUGCUGCAGAGUCAUGUGAAAUUUGUAUGGAAGAAGAGCCAAGCCAUCUUCCCCUUGGUGUCUCCAUUGAGAACCUGGUGAAGGUUUACUGUGAGGGCAAGAAGCCGGCUAUAGAUGGUCUUACGCUGAAUUUCUAUGAAGGGCAAAUUACCUCCUUCUUAGGGCACAACGGAGCAGGAAAAACUACCACAAUGUCCAUUUUGACUGGUUUAUUCCCCCCAACGUCAGGCACAGCCUUCAUCCUGGGUAAAGAUAUCCGUUCUGAACUCAGCACUAUCCGGAAGAAUCUAGGUGUUUGUCCCCAACACAACGUCCUGUUUGACGAGCUGACAGUGGAAGAACACAUUUGGUUUUAUGCACGCCUGAAGGGGCUGUCGGAAAAGUUGGUGAAAAAGGAAAUGGAACAAAUGGCUAUAGAUGUUGGUUUGCCUCACAAACUCAGAUCUAAGACAAGUAAACUCUCUGGUGGUAUGCAGAGAAAACUUUCAGUAGCUCUGGCCUUUGUAGGUGGUUCUAAAGUUGUCAUUCUUGAUGAGCCAACAGCUGGAGUUGAUCCAUAUUCCCGAAGAGGGAUCUGGGAGUUGCUCUUGAAAUAUCGACAAGGUCGCACAAUCAUUCUCUCCACACACCACAUGGAUGAGGCAGACAUCCUUGGAGACCGAAUUGCCAUCAUAUCUCAUGGCAAACUUUGUUGUGUUGGCUCUUCAUUAUUCCUGAAGAACCAGCUGGGCACAGGAUACUACCUGACGUUAGUCAAGAAGGAUGUGGAUUCCUCCCUCAGCUCCUGUAGAAACAGCAGCAGUACAAUAUCUUACCUGAAAAAGGAUGACAGUGUUUCUCAGAGUAGUUCUGAUGCAGGCCUUGGUAGUGACCACGAAAGUGACACCCCAACAAUAGAUGUAUCUGCAAUUUCUAAUCUGAUUAUGAAGCAUGUCCCUGAAGCAAGACUGGUGGAGGACAUUGGCCAUGAGUUAACUUACGUUUUGCCAUACGAAGCUGCCCGAGAGGGAGCUUUUGUGGAGCUGUUUCAUGAGAUUGAUGACCGCCUCUCUGACCUGGGCAUUUCCAGCUAUGGCAUUUCUGAGACCACCUUGGAAGAGAUUUUUCUCAAAGUGGCAGAUGAAAACGGUGUAGACGCAGAGACUUCAGAUGGCACAUUACCUGCUAGAAGAAACCGAGUCUUUGGAGACCGGCAAAGCUGCCUUCGCCCAUUCACAGAAGAUGCUUUUGAUCCCAAUGAUUCUGACAUAGAUCCAGAAUCUCGGGAAACUGACCUUCUGAGUGGGAUGGAUGGCAAAGGAUCCAGUCAGAUGAAGGGCUGGAAGCUGACCCAGCAACAGUUUGUAGCUCUGCUUUGGAAGCGGCUGCUUAUUGCCAAGCGCAGCCGAAAGGGCAUUUUUGCCCAGAUUGUUCUCCCUGCCAUCUUUGUUUGCAUUGCUCUUGUGUUCAGUCUGAUUGUUCCUCCCUUUGGAAAAUAUCCCAGCCUAGAAUUGCAGCCAUGGAUGUAUGACCAGCAGUACACAUUUAUCAGCAAUGAUGCUCCAGAAGACAACAGCACUCAAAAACUUUUGAACGCCCUUCUCAACAAACCUGGUUUCGGGACCCGUUGCAUGCAAGGAUACUCCAUUCCAGAUACUCCUUGUUCUGUGGGAGAAGAAGACUGGUCCACAGCUCCAGUGCCUGAGACAGUCAUGGAAAUCUUCCAGAAAGGCAACUGGACAAUGGAGAACCCCACCCCAUCGUGCAUGUGUAGCAACAAGGAGAUCAAGAAAAUGCUUCCAGUGUGCCCCGAUGGGGCUGGUGGCCUGCCUCCUCCUCAGAGAACACAGAACACUACUGAUAUCCUGCAGAAUCUGACGGGGCGCAACAUUUCUGAUUAUCUGGUGAAGACUUAUGCGCAGAUCAUUGGAAAAAGCUUGAAGUAUAAGCAUUGGGUUAAUGAGUUCAGAUAUGGUGGCUUUUCAUUGGGAGCCAGUGGGUCUAUUGUGCUUCCUCGACAUGAAGAAGUCAACGACGCCAUCAGACAAGUGAAGAAAAUCUUGGAAAUUACCAAGGGGGGUGCUGCUGAACGCUUUCUAAACAGCCUCCAGAACUUCAUGAAAGGCCUGGAUACAAGUGAUAAUGUCAAGGUGUGGUUUAACAACAAAGGCUGGCAUGCUAUUGGCGCUUUUCUCAAUGUGAUCAACAAUGCCAUUCUCAGGGCCAACCUGCAAGAUGGAGAGAAUCCAAGCAACUAUGGCAUUACGGUCUAUAAUCACCCACUGAAUCUCACCAAGCAGCAGCUCUCUGAAGUUGCCUUGAUGACCACUUCAGUGGAUGUUUUGGUCUCCAUCUGUGUCAUCUUCGCCAUGUCCUUUGUUCCAGCCAGCUUUGUGGUUUUCUUAAUCCAGGAGCGUGUCAGCAAAGCCAAGCAUCUCCAGUUCAUAUGUGGUGUGAAGCCAGUUAUCUACUGGCUGGCCAAUUUUGUAUGGGAUAUGUGCAACUACGUUGUUCCAGCAACUUUGGUCAUUAUCAUCUUUAUCUGCUUCCAGCAGAAAUCCUAUGUCUCCUCAACCAAUCUCCCAGUGCUGGCACUUCUACUUUUGCUCUACGGGUGGUCCAUAACUCCUCUCAUGUACCCAGCAUCUUUUAUAUUCAAGAUUCCUAGCACAGCAUAUGUGGUGCUGACCAGCAUAAAUCUCUUCAUUGGCAUCAAUGCGAGUGUGAUCACUUUCGUCCUUGAACUGUUCACCAGCGAUAAAUUGAACAACAUCAAUGACAUCCUGAAGUCAGUGUUCCUCAUCUUUCCACACUUCUGCUUGGGGCGUGGCCUGAUUGACAUGGUGAAAAACCAAGCAAUGGCAGAUGCCCUUGAAAGGUUUGGUGAGGAUCGCUUUAUCUCCCCUCUCUCCUGGAACCUAGUGGGGCGGAACCUUUUUGCCAUGGCUAUAGAAGGGGCUGUGUUCUUUCUCAUCACGGUGCUGAUCCAGUAUCGGUUCUUUAUCAAGUCCAGGCCUAUCUAUGCAAAGCUUCCACCGGUGAAUGAAGAGGAUGAGGAUGUGAUUAGAGAAAGGCAGAGGAUCAUCGGUGGUGGUGGGCAGAGCGACAUCUUAGAAAUCAAAGAAUUAACCAAGAUAUACAGAAUGAAACGAAAACCUGCUGUGGAUAGGAUCUGUGUUGGAAUUCCUCCUGGAGAGUGCUUUGGUCUCCUCGGUGUGAAUGGUGCAGGCAAAUCCUCCACUUUCAAGAUGUUGACUGGAGACACUGAUGUUACAGGAGGAGAUGCUUUUCUGAAGGGAAACAGUAUUUUGUCUAACAUCCAAGAAGUCCAUCAGAACAUGGGCUAUUGCCCUCAGUUUGAUGCAAUUCAGGAGCUGCUGACUGGGAGAGAGCACCUGGAAUUCUUUGCACUCUUAAGGGGAGUUCCUGAGAAAGAAGUCUGCAAGGUUGGUGAGUGGGCUGUCCGUAAACUAGGCCUUGUGAAAUAUGCUGAAAAAUACGCUGGCACUUACAGUGGUGGGAACAAGCGCAAGCUGUCUACUGCAAUGGCCCUAAUUGGGGGACCUCCUGUGGUCUUCUUGGAUGAGCCAACUACGGGAAUGGACCCCAAGGCCCGCCGCUUCCUUUGGAACUGUGCCUUGAGCAUCAUCAAAGAGGGAAGGUCUGUGGUCCUUACAUCUCACAGCAUGGAAGAAUGUGAGGCCCUCUGCACUCGAAUGGCAAUCAUGGUGAAUGGGCGGUUCAGGUGCCUUGGUAGCGUCCAGCACCUGAAGAACAGGUUUGGGGAUGGCUACACAAUAGUUGUACGGAUAGGAGGGGCGAACCCUGACCUGGCCCCCGUCCAAGACUUCUUCAAGCUCGCUUUUCCAGGCAGCGUGCUGAAGGAGCAGCAUCGCAACAUGCUGCAGUAUCAGCUCCCGUCUUCUCCGUCUUCUCUGGCCAGGAUAUUUAGCAUCCUCUCCCAGAACAAAAAGAGACUCUGCAUAGAAGACUACUCCGUUUCCCAGACCACACUUGACCAAGUAUUUGUAAACUUCGCCAAGGACCAAAGUGACGAUGACCACACGAAAGACUUGUCAUUGCACAAAAACCAGACUGUGGUAGACGUUGCUGUUUUGACUUCCUUUUUGCAAGAUGAGAAGGUGAAGGAAAGCUGUGUAUGAAUAACCCUUCUCAAAAGGAUGCAAUGGUCGCACUGAGCAGAAGGGGAAAUAUUCAUCCUUUCUGCGCUAUGGAUGGGAUCUUCCCAAGCGGAAACAGACCGAGACCGAGGAGGUGGAGGUGGAAAUAAUAAAUGGGACGUUCCACUGGUAAUCAUUCAAUGCAAUGCAAUUCAAUGCAAACAAAACAAUAUUCCAUUACAGAGGCGGUGCCUCUUGGAGAUGUUGCCUUGUUGUACUGUUCUCUAGUGAAAGACUUGAAUUUAGUUAUUCUUACAUUAUAACUCUGUGAAACUAAUACGGUGCCACUUGCUGCUACGUUGUCUUCUGCCAUACUCCCACUUGUUUCUACUUAGUAUGUUUUAUGUUAAGAAUUACAUAACAAAAAUUCAGAGAUUCAUGGCCAGUGAUUUAUUUAUUCACCAUGCUAAGGCAGACGCAGCCCUUCCACACAGCGAAAGGAACUGCUUGGACACUACAUCAUUGCUGGCAAUGAGUGCAUCGACAGAACCAGUGUCCAGCAGUCACCACCCAAUGUGUUACUAUGGCCUUAUUUAAGUAUUAGCUACUGGCCUAGUUGACCCACACAAGCUUGAGGGGACUUGUAUAAUGACCAUUGGGGGUCUUAACAAUGGGCCAUGAAGCACCCCCUCAGAAUAGGCAUACUUUGAAUUCAAUGUUUCUUAAUGGCUUGUAGAAUUAACUGUUAACCAUCAAAGCAUUUGAGGCAACCUCUGUCCUAAUGGUAUGGUGACCAAUUGCUUAUUCUUCCCCUUUGCUUUUGUUGUGGAGCUAUUGCUGUUUUUAGGUUUCUUUACUUAAGCCUGAUUGUUGAUGUAUCUAUUUCCUUGCAAAAUUACUAUCUGUAGAAAAGACUCAGCAAUCUCUGAAGAGUUCUGCAUCUUUUAUUAUCACAUAUACUAGGGUAUCUGUUUCCUUGCCUUACACAAAAUAUCUAAAUGCACAUAGCAUCAUUUCCAUCAAUUCUGAAAUUUUUCAGUUUCGCUAUCACCACUAUCCUGUUUCCAUAUACUACGUUAAAUCAUGUGAUGGUGACCUCCUACUCUGCACAGCAGAGAUGCUGUUUCAGGGUCUAGUUGAAGUUGGAGAAAGCCCUCCAGAAAAACAGCUGUGGCUCUUCUAAUGUCCUGAGUUUCCAUAGUCCUUUCAUUUCUCUUACUCCUUGGCUAUUAUGUGGCACAUAUGCUGAUCUCCUACUCCAGGUAAGGAUUGACGGUAGGCAUUAGAAGUUGAAUAUGAGGAUGAUGGCCCCAGGCAACUAAUAUAUAGGAUUUUUUAAAAAAAUGGCCCAUUUUUCAAGUGUUUAUUUGGAAAAUUAUAUGGAAACUUUUUUCAGUCAGUCCAGAUGGUAUCUUUAAAUAAAAAGCUAACUGACAGGAGAAACAAAAUGGCUACAAAUAUCUUUUCAUAAUAUUGGAUAACUUUUAGCAGAGAGAAACCAACACUUGUGUUCAUCAGUGCUGGCACUAGUAUUAGAGACAUGUCCCCAGGUCAAGUAAAAUUCUGAAAUUAGUUGCAAUAAGUUCUUUUGAAGUCAGCAGGACAUCAGUCUGAAUCCUGCACACUCUUUUUUGCACCCCACUGUCAAUGACCUGCAAUUUAGCUCAUAUAUAUAAAAUUGUUGGUUAUUCAUGUUGAUAUAAAGAGCACUAAAAAUUGAUUUUACUGUAUACAAAAGCCCAUGUUUUUUGCUUAAGUUUAAAAGAAAGCAAGCAGCUAAUCUUUUCUACAAAUAUAAGUGCUCUGUUUUAGUAUAGUUUUAAAAUGGAUUGGCAAAUUAAACUAACACAAUUCAAAGAGAGGUAAGUGUUAACCAUACAAUCCCUCUUCACAAUAGUAACUCAAAAUAAUUCACCCAGAGUUAAAUGACUGCUGUGUAAGUUUGCAAUGUAAGGCUGAAAUCCUGUGCAUGGUUACCUGGCAGUUACCUCUGCUGAUCACAGUGGGACUUCAAUGCAUUGUACAUCCCAUUGUUUUCAAUGGGGAGCAUUUAAAUCUUUACUUAUCUGUUUCAGUAGAAACAAUGGUUUCUAGAAGUGCUUCUUGCUAAGAAUGGAGAUCCAGGCUGGGUUUGUUCCACACAAAAUACUAGUAAAUCACUGUAUACAAGUUUUCCUUUGUAUCAAAUAUGGGUUAGCCAAAAUUAUCCUCAUUGCUAUCUAUGGUAUAAUAUAAAACCACUGGUCAAAGAACUGAGCUGGGAAUAUUUACUACAUGUAUGUGAUAAAAUUGCUGUAUCCUUCUGCAGUAUUUGUAAUACUGUAAAGGCAGUUUCCCAUGAAUAUAUUUUUUACAGAAG